AGGAGAGAGAAAAGGAGUAAAAGAGAUUGAAGAAAAUCGAGAGAGAGAGAGAGAGAGAGAGAGAGAGAGUAGAGCCGUAUUCCACAUGGCCUCGUUGCCGCUGGGGCCUCAUCCGCCUGAAAAUGAGGGAGUGAAGAUUGCACCUCGUCGGCCAGAGAUGGGAGACGAUAAGGAAAUGGCAGCUGCUGUUGUCGAGGGGAAUGAUCCAGUAACUGGUCACAUCAUUUCCACCACCAUUGGAGGCAAAAAUGGUGAACCCAAGCGGACAAUCAGUUACAUGGCAGAGCGUGUUGUGGGGACUGGGUCAUUUGGAAUUGUCUUUCAGGCAAAAUGCUUGGAGACUGGGGAGACAGUUGCCAUAAAGAAGGUCUUGCAGGACAGGCGGUAUAAGAAUCGUGAGCUGCAGCUUAUGCGCUCUAUGGAUCACCCAAAUGUGAUUUCUCUGAAGCACUGCUUUUUCUCUACGACCAGUAAAAAUGAGCUUUUUCUCAACUUGGUUAUGGAAUAUGUCCCCGAGACUCUGUAUCGUGUUUUGAAGCACUACAGCAAUGUGAACCAGAGGAUGCCACUUAUCUAUGUUAAACUCUACACCUAUCAAAUUUUUAGGGGGCUUGGUCAUAUUCACACUGUUCCUGGAGUUUGCCAUAGGGACAUAAAGCCUCAAAAUCUUCUGGUAGACCCGCUUACACAUCAAGUCAAGAUUUGUGAUUUUGGAAGUGCAAAGGUUUUGGUCAAGGGCGAAGCAAACAUAUCAUAUAUUUGCUCUCGUUACUACCGAGCUCCAGAACUCAUAUUUGGUGCGACAGAAUAUACAACAUCGAUUGAUAUCUGGUCAGCUGGUUGUGUUCUUGCAGAGCUUCUUCUAGGCCAGCCAUUGUUUCCGGGAGACAGUGCGGUGGAUCAACUUGUAGAGAUCAUCAAGGUUCUUGGAACCCCAACUCGAGAAGAGAUCCGCUGUAUGAAUCCAAACUAUACUGAGUUUCGGUUUCCACAGAUAAAGGCUCACCCAUGGCACAAGGUUUUCCACAAGAGGAUGCCUCCAGAAGCAAUUGAUCUUGCCUCAAGGCUUUUACAGUAUUCACCCAGUCUUCGCUGCACUGCUCUAGAGGCAUGUGCUCAUCCUUUUUUUGAUGAACUCCGGGAGCCCAAUGCCCGCCUGCCUAAUGGACGGCCUUUACCUCCUCUCUUCAACUUCAAACAGGAAUUAUCUGGUGCUCCACCAGAGCUCAUUAACAGAUUGAUACCAGAGCAUGUGAGACGGCAAUCUGGUCUAAAUCUCUUGCACCCAGCAGGCACGUAAACAUAGGAACCUGGAACCGGACUUUUGGUACUCUAUGGAUGCGAAGCAAAGGGUAUAAGCUGUGUUUAAAUCAGAAAACAUACAGGCCUGAGAAGCGGAAUUUCUAUCUCAGCAAUGCUGUGACACGAACAGCUGGAUGGCUGGGCCUUCUGAAAUUUGGUGCAUUUUUCUACUACAGUUUUUGUUUUGCGCUUUUGGCCUCUAAAUGUUUCAUGCUUCUGUAUAUUUGUCUCAUGAUAAAGAAUCCAAGUUGGACUGGUUAAAGUAGCUUUGAGUAGAAGAAAGAUGGGAAAAGCGUUUCCUUAGGCAGAGGGGCACAAAUGAAUGGCAAGAGCAAGCAAGACUUUUGGUGGGGGGGGGGUGUUGGGUGGAUCGGUGGUUGUCUAAAGUUUACUUGCGUGGUGUUGUUUCUACUUGUAUUUGUGGCGGCUUGUGGUCGCCGGACUUGCAAUUUACGAAGGCUAGUGUUCGCAGUUCUUUUACCAAA